CUUUUAGUAUUUGUCCAGCAGGUUUCCCGCCCCGCGGGAAGCCCCACAGUGCAGUGCAAUGAUAGGGAGGCGCUUGGUGUGUGGGAGGUGCCUUGUGGUGAGGGGCAGCGUUAGGCCUCAUGGCGGCCUCCGCACAGGCCGCACCGCCGGCCCUUAGCGCCGAGCAGGCCAAGGUGGUGCUGGCCGAGGUGAUCAAGGCCUUCGGGGCGCCUGAGAACGUGCAGCGCAUGGACGAGGCCCGGGAGAACGCGUGUAACGACAUGGGCAAGAUGCUGCAGUUCCUGCUGCCCGUGGCCACGCAGAUCCAGCAGGACGUGAUCAAGGCCUACGGCUUCAGCAGCGACGGCGAAGGGGUGCUGAAGUUCGCCCGGCUGAUCAAAUCCUACGAGUCGCAGGACCCGGAGAUCGCCAGCAUGUCGGGCAAGCUGAAGGCUCUGUUCCUGCCCCCCAUGACGCUGCCGCCGCACGGGGCUGCUAUCGGCGGGGUGGCCGCCUCGUGAUGCCGGUGAUCCCCGGGGCUCCGUCCUGAGCCUUCCCCUAUGGCUGGGGCUGUUUGUGCUGCUGCUCAGCCGGCCACGGGAAACGGAGCAGUUAAACGAGGAAAAUAACGGCGUGAGAUGAACUGGCCCCUUUGUGCAUGUUUCUGUUUUUGCCUGUGAAUAAAAGACGUCUUGAAAGUGC